AUGCGGGUUGGGGAUGCCGGAUCGUGCGGUGGGAGGGUUGCUGCAGCGCCUUGGCUUCAGCGCCCUAGGAGUAGGACCAAGAUACCUCUGUUGAACGAGGAGAGGAAAAACCGCUUUCGUCUCUUUCUCGUUAUGAUGGACCUCGCGAAGAGGGCCGAGGACGCUGGGGUCGCCAUCGUCGUGGACAUGGGGCUGAAUCACCGACUUACCUUGGCCUUCGACGCGCAAUUCGAGGACAAGAAGAUGUUUCUGGUUCUCGACGACGCCUCAUACCACCACUGCUUUGACGAGGGACUCAAGGUGCCCGAAAGCAACAGUAUGAAGUACGACGGUUGCGAGUCGUUCAAGGAGGCGUGUGAGUCCGCGGGUAAGGCUUUUGAGUAUAACGUUGAGGUCCGGGCGGAGGGGUCGUUACCCAACGCGAUCGGCAGGAACGGCGUCAGCAUACAAGAAAUAGCGUCCGUCACUCGGAGGUUAUUCAAAAAGCGCUUCCCAGAGAAGCUCGACGAAAAGGCGGAGACAUACAUGAGGGAGAAGGGGUGGCGUACAGAGACGGAAUGGGACGGGCAGGAGGGAGGGUGGAAGGCCGCCAUUAGUGGAAUGUUGGUGGAACAUGCCAUUGGCAAGAUGAACGAGUGGAUCAACCUUUAUGGUGGAAACCUGAGCUGCACGAUCGGUAGCCUCGUGUAUCCGGUGGCAGAGUACCUCAAGGCUAUUGCCGAGGAUGAGAAAGAGGAUGGGGUAGAGGAGCCGGCGGAUGAUGAGUGGCUGGGUACGAACGCGGAACAUGUCAUUGAGGGCUGA